GGCUCUUUCUCUCUCUCGCACUGCCCUCCUCUAAAUGUUUACACUGCUUGAAGAUUUUUCUGAGUGUAUAUGAACCCUUAAAAACAAACGCUUUGCUUUUUUUUUUAAUCUCAAUGUCGCCCAUGGAAGUUGGUUUCUAACUGCGAUUCUACAGCGACAGAUGAUCCGGGACGCCUCGGCCGCAAGGAUCAUGUCGACUCUGCAGAGCUCCGCCGUCCUGCUGCUUUUUAGCUUCCUGAUUGGUCUGAGCUACUCUCUGAACCCAAGAGACCCCAAUGUGUGCAGCCUGUGGGAGAGCUUCACCACCUCAGUGAAAGAGUCCUACUACCAUCCUUAUGACCACGUGACGGAGGAGCCCUGCGCCGACCCUCGCACCUCCUACAGAUGCAUGCGCCACAGGAUCACCUACAAGACGGCCUACAGGCAGGCGGUGAAGACAGACUACCGCAAGAGAUACCAGUGCUGUCCAGGCUAUUACGAGAGCAGAGACAAAUGUGUCCCUCGCUGCACCAAGGAGUGUGUCCACGGUCGAUGUGUCGCUCCAGACCGUUGCCAAUGUGAGGGAGGCUGGCGAGGCGACGACUGUUCCAGUGCAUGUGAUGACAAACACUGGGGGGCAGGCUGCAGUCAGCAGUGCAAGUGUGAGAACGGAGCUCUCUGCGAUCCCAACAAAGGGACGUGUCAGUGUCCCCCAGGGUUCAUAGGACGCUACUGCGAGGACUCCUGUCCAGCAGGCACCUUCGGGAAGGGCUGCCUGCAGAGGUGCAAGUGUGGGACCGGAGGAUCCUGCGAUAAAGCAACUGGAGAGUGUGUAUGUCGGGACGGAUUCACUGGGACUUUCUGUGAGAAGGUGUGUCCCAGGAAAUGCCAGGUGCGAUGCCCCUGUCAGAAUGGUGGUAUCUGUAAGGGCAAAGGGAUCUGCGAUUGCCCGCCUGGAUGGACGGGUGCAGUUUGCACGGAGAGAUGUUCAGAGGGAAGGUUUGGACAAAACUGUGCUGAGGAGUGUGUCUGCCACAACAGGGGCAAAUGUGACCCUGAAACUGGACAGUGCCAGUGUGCUAAAGGCUUCACUGGUAACAGGUGUAAUGAGGAGUGUGCUGCAGGCUCUUAUGGUCAGGACUGUAAAGGUGUGUGUGACUGUGCUAACGGCGCACGCUGCUACAACAUCGAUGGAGGGUGCCUCUGCGAACCGGGCUUCAGUGGACCGCACUGCAGGGACAGGAUGUGUGGACCUGGCAAAUACGGCAUGCACUGUGAGCGCUUGUGUCUCUGCCAGGACAAACACACACUCAGUUGCCACCCAAUGAAAGGAGAAUGUACAUGCCAGCCAGGCUGGGCAGGACUGUUCUGUAACGAGACCUGCGCUCACGGUUUCUACGGUCAUGGCUGCCUGGAGCCGUGUCUGUGUGUGAAUGGAGGGGUGUGUGAUAGUGCCACAGGACAGUGCCACUGUGCUCCAGGGUUUACGGGCAUUCACUGUGAGAAUCUCUGUAAAAGUGGCACCUAUGGCAAGAACUGCUCCCUGGAGUGCUCCUGUGAAAACUUCAUCGACUGCUCGCCAAUUGACGGCGCUUGCUUCUGCAAAGAGGGCUGGCGAGGGCCGGACUGUUCCACCCCCUGCUCUGAGGGAACCUGGGGCCCAGGAUGCAACGCCACCUGCCACUGCGCCAACGGGGCAAAAUGUAAUCCUGCAGAUGGAUCCUGCACCUGCACAGCCGGCUGGCAGGGGGCGCGCUGUGACCAACCGUGCCCGAUGGGCACGUUUGGGCCAGGCUGCCUGAAGAGGUGUGAUUGUGUUCAUGCCGACGGCUGCCAAGCUACCACCGGGGAGUGCCACUGUCUGCCAGGUUGGUGGGGUUCUCGCUGCAGUGAGCCAUGUUCAGAGGGCCUGUGGGGGCGCCACUGUAACCACACCUGUUUCAAGCAUUGCCCCAACAGUGACACCUGCUUGAGGGAAAAUGGAGCGUGUGUGUGUCGCCCAGGAUUCUGGGGAGUCACCUGCCAGAACAAAUGCAGAGUUGGUAUGUACGGUGACCAGUGCAGUAUGUCCUGCCCAUCCUGUGGCCAGUCGUACCGCUGCCACCAUGUGACAGGAGAGUGUGAUUGCCUACCUGGACACACUGGACCCAACUGUGAUCAAGUUUGUCCAGCUGGCUACUACGGCAAACACUGCUCUGAAGUGUGUGUUAACUGUGCCAACAACUCUACAUGCGAUCACCGGGACGGUCACUGUGAAUGUUUGCCCGGCUGGACGGCCACUGACUGCUCCAUACCCUGUAGUCCAGGUCGCUUCGGUCCCUUCUGCACUCAGACCUGCUCCUGUUCGCCCAACCUCAGCUGUGACCGCUUUACUGGAGACUGUGUGUGUGAAGGAGAGGACUGUAAAGAAGACUCCUCUGAGCAGUCAGGGAGCGUCAUGGUCCCCCUUCCUCCUGGUGAGAGGGAGUCGUGGGGAGCCAUCGGCGGCAUCGUCGUGCUCGUCAUCCUGGUGGUCUUACUGCUGGCUCUGCUGCUGCUUUACCGCCGCAGGCAGAAGGACAAACAGAACAACACGCCGACCGUGUCCUUCUCCACCAGAAGCACAGUCAACUCUGAAUACGCCGUUCCAGAUGUUCCUCACAGUUACCACCACUACUACUCCAACCCCAGCUAUCACACACUGAGCCAGAACAGGCCUCCACUGCCACACCUCCCCAACAACCAUGACCGCACCAUCAAGAACACCAAUAACCAGCUGUUCUGCAGCGUGAAAAACAUGGAGAGGGAGAGGCGGGGCCUGUUUGGGGUUGAGAGCAACGCCACUCUGCCUGCAGACUGGAAACACCACGAGCCCCGCAAAGACUCAGGAGCUUUUGGAAUCGACCGCAGCUACAGCUACAGUGCCAGCCUCGGAAAAUAUUACAACAAAGAGCUGAAGGACGCGGUGGCGGUGAGCAGCAGCUCUCUGAACAGCGAGAAUCCCUACGCCACCAUCAAGGACCUGCCCGGCCUGCCCUUCUGCCCCCCAGAGAGCAGCUACAUGGAGAUGAAGUCAGCCGUGCCCAGAGAGAGAGCCUACACUGAGAUCAGCCCACCACCUUUCAACACGGCCACCUUACGCAGAGAGCGUCAGAGUUCCCUCGGUCACGCUCCACAUGAGGACCCCCAGAGCCACUACGACCUCCCCGUGAACAGCCACAUCCCGGGACACUAUGACCUGCCACCUGUCCGCCGCCCCCCCUCCCCUAGGAGAACACCUCAGUGACAGUCACAGCAGCAGAGCAAGUUUCCCUCCUCCUCACUUUGGGGAUGAUUUCAGCCACGCUCCCAAAAAAGGAGCAAACUUUUACUCUCUUGUCUGACAAUCAGAGCUGCAGACCACCCACAGACCAGCGCCUGAACGUCUGACCCGCUGAGGAACAAUUGUUUACUGUGUCUGCCCCCCUGUCAGCUCAACACUGCCCCUCUGUGGGCUAAAGUGGUACUUGCUUCACCAUGACAGACUUGUCAUCCAGACCGGGGAGCCAGCAGGCUGCGGUGAGGAAGGCUGGACUGUGGCGACGCCAGCGGGGCUUCAGCUGCAUUCACCUCCCAUGGGAAAAAUACGCCACAAGACUUCAUGCUUAAAAGCAAAAACUUGGGAAUGUUUAUGUGUUUGAACUCAUCUAAACUUGCUGUAAUUUCGCCUGCUACUGACGAGCUGGUGUGCAUGUUUCAAAGGCCCUUUUUAUUAGAGUUCAAAUCUGCAUCAUCAAAAAUGACAAAUUAAGACGUAGUUUGAGUUUUAUUUUGCUUUUUUGGUUAAAUUUAGACAUAUUAUAUUCCAAAAAUGUAAACUUUUUCAUAGGCAGCUUUUGUAUGAACUCGUCAUAGCUGGACUUCUUUUGAUUAGCUCAUCAAAAGGGCAGAAACAAAGGUCAAGAGACCUUUUUAAACAUGUCUUACAACACAUAUGAGUUUGUUUUGGACAGCAAAAAAUCGUCUCACCAAAGUGCCUGAGAUUUUUUUUUACCAAGAUGCACAAUAUUUUUUAUGACUCAUAUCACUGUCUUCUCCAAAUGUGGCAUUUAGAGACACGAUGAUGCACGUGUCCCCCGUUUGUUUAAACAAAUGUGGUUUACUUAUUGCUGCUGUCAGAUGGAAACUUUGUAAAUAUAGAAAUGAAUAUAUUGUUAGCUUUACAGAAAUGUAGAACAACAGCCCUGUUUGAGGAUGUUUUAAAGGGUUUGUGACCAAAGAUUACACAUUUAUCACUAACAGAUACCAGAAACUCUGCUUAAGCACAAACAUUGUUCAUGCAGGACAAAAAUUCCCAUGACCUUCAUCAAAUGGGGAAUUUAAAGCCAAAUCAAAGCAGUAUUAUGAAUGUUAACGCAGUGACCUACAGUAACUUUUGUCUGUGUGGUAUUUAAAGGGCCGGUUCACCCAAAAUACCAAAAGUUUAGCUUUACAGAGUACUCCAACUCAUCCCAGGGGCGGAGCAGGGGGGGGUGGCUGAUGGGGGUCCAGCCCUGAAUGUUUAAGGUUUUUAAAAUACCUUCAACUUUGUUUCAUUUCCCCUCAAUCUCUCGACUGCAUCGGCAAAUCAGGGGAGCAAAACCUCUAUUACAGGUGAAAUAUCACCAUUUAGAGAGAGCGUGAAGUUGACCUCAUGCUGUGUUGUUAUUUUUUUGGGAAUGGGGGAGCCAUCUUGUGAGGAUCACACUCUGUUACCUGUGCCUGCUAUGGGGGCAAAGCAACGGUUUUCAGACAAUUAAUCACGAUAACGAUAUACAGCUAUAUAAAUUGGCAGCUCAAGGCUGGAUUACAGGCCCUGUAAUGAUGUUUCAGGUUUGUGAAUCUGCAGGUGUAACACUUGGGCUAGUAACGUUAGCAGUGAGUUGGUGAGGUGACCAAGGAGGUUUGAAAGAGGAGAAGUCAUGGCGUCAUAUAGCGUCAUAUCAUUGGGGUACAACACAUGCGUAGUAAAAUCUGAUCUGCACUUCCUGAAAGGCUCAAUAGCGGAUGGGGGAUGACUGAUUUGUUUCAAAAACAUGUUUUCUAUAUGAAAAUGCUCUUUUGUAUAUCGGCUGCCAAUUAUUCGAGUGUACCCAAAAAGUUCUGUCAGGUCCAGUGCACCCAAGGUGGCCAAACAUAGCGAACCCUAAAAGCACCUCAAGUGGACAUCAUCCCUUUAUUCAUAGCGCCGUCUGCUGUGACCCUCUUACAUCGCAGCUCCAGUUACAUUGUGCUUAUGUCAUACCCCGUAACUACCAUUGGGUCAAAGAGCGUGUCCCAGCUUCGGAGGUGACUAGCCUAAUAUGGCAUCAUGUUCUCAUCCUGACAUGUCAAAUACCAGUUGUUAGUGGACCUACAUGUCAAAAUAUGACACACUGGGUACCCUCCCGCAUCAGUUUUGGAAGUUCGGGUAUGGCGUGUCAAAUUACGCUCAUUACAUGCUUUGUGUCUUUUCAAAAUACACUCACAACGUGGUGUCACCUCACAGCAAGAGGGUUCCUGGUUUGAACCCCAGGGUGGGCAAGCCCCUCUGUGUGGAGUUUCACACAGUCCCACAGUCCAAAGACAUGCAGGUUAACUGGUGACUCUAAAUUGUCCGUAGGUGUGAAUGUGAGUGUGAAUGGUUGUCUGUCUCUAUAUGUCAGCCCUGUGAAAGUCUGGCGAACUGUCCAGGGUGUACCCUGCCUCUCGCCCUAUGUCAGCUGGGAUAGGCUCCAGCACCCCCGCGACCUCCAACAGGAUAAGUGGUUACGGAAAAUUAAUGAAUGAAUGAACUUACAACGUAGGUAAAACAAGUCGGUGAAGAUUCUCAGUCAUCCAGGACAUGGUAAUCGGAAGUGCUGUAUCGUAGGCAACUGGACUUGCUUGCGUUUCUUGAAGACGUUUUGCCUCUCAUCCAAGAGGCUUUUUUCAGUUCUAAUGGACUGGUGCGAAGGUGCAGGCUAUAAACCCUGUGUGGGUGGGAACCCUUGCAGAGUCGUAGGGGUCAUGUGAGCUC